AUGGCGUCACACGAUCAUCAUCACGAUCACGAUCACGAUCAAGGCCCCAAGAAAUCUGAGGGUGGUAAGGUGUACCAUAGCCACGAUGGACUCGCACCGCACUCACACGAACCCAUCUACUCUCCCGGCUACUUCAGCCGCAGAGCUCCUCCUCUUCACGACCGUAACUUCUCCGAGAGAGCUUUCACCGUCGGCAUCGGCGGUCCCGUUGGCACUGGGAAAACGGCAUUGAUGCUUGCUCUUUGUAGAUUCUUGAGGGACAAAUAUAGUCUUGCUGCUGUGACGAAUGAUAUAUUCACGAAAGAGGACGGAGAGUUUCUGGUGAAGAAUGGGGCACUCCCUGAGGAAAGGAUAAGAGCUGUUGAAACCGGUGGAUGUCCACACGCAGCGAUACGUGAAGACAUAAGUAUCAACCUUGGUCCUCUUGAGGAGUUGUCUAACUUAUUCAAGACUGAUUUGCUUCUCUGUGAAUCCGGUGGAGAUAAUUUAGCUGCAAAUUUCAGCAGAGAACUAGCUGACUAUAUCAUCUACAUCAUCGAUGUAUCCGCCGGUGAUAAAAUACCCCGUAAAGGCGGUCCUGGAAUCACUCAAGCUGAUCUUCUGGUGAUAAACAAGACAGACCUUGCAGCUGCUGUUGGGGCUGACUUAUCUGUCAUGGAACGCGAUUCGCUGCGUAUGCGUGAUGGAGGGCCAUUCGUCUUUGCUCAGGUGAAGCAUGGGCUUGGCGUCGAGGAAAUCGUCAACCAUGUCUUGCAUUCAUGGGAACAAGCCACCCGGAACAAGCGCCGCCAUUGA